CAGCCUGCGGAGACUCCCGGGUCCCCGCGCGGGACUGGGGCUGGGGGCGAACAUCCUGGGCGGACCUGACCGGCGCUGAAGGCUACCCCAGGCGUUACUAUGAAGGUGCGGCGGAGCGCAUGAGGAGGAUGCGGCAGCAGGCGCCGCGGCGGGAGGAGGAGUAGGCGGUGGUGCCCUCGGGAAGGAGCCGCGCGCGGGCCACAAGGCUCCCCGAGGCUCCGCAUUGCCGCUGCCGUCGCCCGGGAGGCUCCACACGGGAGCCAUGUAACCCUGCGGCGGGCUCCGGGCUGCUCCGUCCUUCCCCAGCUCCCGGGCUAGCGCGGCAGCGGGGCCAAGAUGAAGAAGCAGUUCAAUCGCAUGCGCCAGCUGGCCAACCAGACGGUGGGCAGGGCAGAAAAGACUGAAGUUCUGAGCGAAGACCUUCUUCAGGUGGAGAAGCGCCUGGAGCUGGUGAAGCAAGUGUCCCACAGCACGCACAAGAAGCUCACUGCAUGUCUCCAGGGCCAGCAAGGGGCAGAGGCCGACAAGCGCUCUAAAAAAUUGCCUUUGACAACACUGGCUCAGUGUUUGAUGGAAGGGUCAGCUAUCCUGGGAGAUGACACCCUUCUUGGGAAGAUGCUGAAACUCUGUGGAGAGACAGAAGACAAGCUGGCUCAGGAGCUGAUUCAUUUUGAAUUGCAAGUGGAGAGAGAUGUGAUCGAGCCCCUGUUUUUGCUCGCGGAGGUGGAAAUCCCCAAUAUUCAAAAACAGAGGAAACAUUUAGCAAAGUUGGUGCUGGACAUGGAUUCUUCACGAACAAGGUGGCAGCAGACUUCCAAGUCUUCAGGUUUGUCCAGCAGCUUACAGCCUGCGGGUGCCAAAGCUGAUGCCCUCAGGGAAGAGAUGGAGGAGGCUGCCAACAGAGUGGAGAUUUGCAGGGACCAGCUCUCGGCUGACAUGUACAGUUUUGUGGCCAAAGAAAUUGACUAUGCAAACUACUUUCAAACGCUCAUAGAAGUGCAAGCCGAAUACCACAGGAAGUCAUUGACACUCUUGCAGGCUGUAUUGCCUCAGAUAAAAGCACAGCAGGAGGCCUGGGUGGAGAAGCCUUCCUUCGGGAAGCCCCUGGAGGAACACCUCAUGAUCAGUGGCCGAGAGAUCGCCUUCCCCAUUGAGGCAUGUGUGACGAUGCUGCUGGAAUGCGGGAUGCAGGAGGAGGGACUCUUCCGAGUAGCUCCCUCUGCCUCCAAGCUGAAGAAGCUGAAAGCCGCCCUGGACUGCUGUGUGGUAGACGUGCAGGAGUACUCGGCAGACCCCCAUGCCAUCGCAGGAGCUUUGAAAUCUUACCUCCGAGAGUUGCCAGAACCUCUUAUGACCUUUGACCUCUAUGACGAGUGGAUUCAGGCUUCCAACAUCCAGGAGCAAGACAAAAGGCUUCAGGCUCUGUGGAAUGCUUGUGAAAAAUUGCCCAAGGCCAAUCACACCAACAUCCGAUAUUUGAUCAAAUUUUUAUCCAAGCUGUCGGAAUAUCAAGAUGUAAACAAAAUGACUCCCAGUAACAUGGCGAUUGUGCUAGGACCCAACCUCCUAUGGCCACAAUCAGAAGGGAACAUCACGGAAAUGAUGACCACGGUUUCACUGCAGAUUGUUGGGAUCAUCGAACCCAUCAUCCAGCAUGCAGACUGGUUCUUCCCUGGGGAGAUAGAGUUCAACAUCACAGGGAAUUACGGGAGUCCUGUGCACGUGAACCACAACGCCAACUACAGCUCAAUGCCGUCCCCAGACAUGGACCCUGCUGACCGGCGACAGCCCGAGCAGGCCCGCCGGCCCCUCAGCGUUGCCACAGAUAAUAUGAUGCUGGAGUUUUACAAAAAGGAUGGCCUUAGGAAAAUCCAAAGCAUGGGCGUGAGGGUGAUGGACACGUCCUGGGUGGCUCGAAGAGGCUCCUCUGCCGGCCGGAAAGGGUCGUGUGCCCCGCCCUCCAUGCAGCCCCCCGCCCCGCCCGCCGAGCUGACAUCAUCCCUUCCUGAGCAGCCCCUGGAAGAGCCCGCAGCACCCUCGCUUUCUCCAUCAAGCAUGGGCCUCCAGCCAGGGGCUGAACGGACCAGCACUUCUAAAAGCAAGGAACUUUCUCCAGGAUCUGGGCAGAAAGGAAGUCCAGCUUCCAGCCAGGGGGCUCCCAGUACAGGGACGCAACCAGGGGCACAAGCGGGCACCAGUCCCAGCCAGCUACCCGCAGACCAGAGUCCUCACACCCUCCGGAAAGUUUCCAAGAAGGUGGCACCAAUUCCACCCAAGGUCCCCUUUGUCCAGCCGGGCACUGUGACUGACCAGUCCGCCGGCCAGCCAUCCCCACUCAGCCUGUCUCCUACCCCACCGAGCACCCCAUCACCCUACGGACUGAGUUACCCUCAAGGGUACUCCCUGGCCUCAGGCCAGCUCUCCCCAGCUGCUGCAGCUCCCCCUCUGGCCUCUCCUUCCAGCUUCACAAGCACUUUAACCAAAUCACGGCCCACCCCUAAGCCCAGACAGAGACCCACCCUGCCGCCUCCUCAGCCUCCCACAGCGAGCCUCUCAGCCUCUAGUCCACAGUCCACGGAGCAUCCCAUGCUAGAUGGCAUGUCCCCCGGGGAAAGCAUGUCUACAGCUGUGUGACAUGAGUGCCGCAGUUUUGGAUACGUGUGAGGGGCAUGUUCAGGAUCUCGUCCACUUUGAUGUUCCCUCCAUCCACGUAGAGCUGGAGUCCACGCUCCGCCUGAGUCCCCUGGAACACGUGCGGCGACACUCGGUGACUGAGAAGAGGGACUCGGAGGAGGAGUCUGAGAGCACUGCCCUCUGACAACGUGUGUACAUACAUGGGCCCAGACCGACACACGCCAGGGGUGCCCCUGGGCUGCCAAGCGUCUCCGUUGGCUCCUUGCUGUCACUGCCAACGCGAGGCUGGAGGUUUGCGGAUCACUGUCAUCUCCGGCCUGUGUGGCAAACGGUGGUGGUGCAGGUUUUGUAUGUUCCAUUUGGGUGGUGACUUUGGCCUUUUGUUUGAUCUUUGCCUUUUGACUUUGUGCCUAUUUUGAUCCACUUUCAGCCUCCAUGGCCACCAGCAGCCCUCUCCGCCCAAGGGCUUGCCUGUGGGAAAUGUCCUCGGCGGGGUGGGGGUGCGGAGGAGGGUCAGGUUGCCCGCUAGACCUGGGGCUGCCACCUGUCCUGACAGUGACCAUCAAGUCCUGCAGGACCAGCUGAGUGGCUACAGAAGGGAAAUGGGAUGGCGGGGUCUGUCCGUACAGUGGGAUUGGAUCCUGGGCACUGGGGAGGGCCGGCGCUGUAAACACCUUUAGACCUGCCCUUUAAUCCAUGGGCUCAAAGUAAAUGGCUUAAAAGGAAAUUUGUUUCACUUCCCAAAUUUUGUUUUCCCACACUGUGUGACUGAAAACUCCCAUUACCACCUUGUCAUUUUACACUUACGAAUUAAACAAUGAUCCCGAGGGAGUCGGGAGGGCCCAAAAGCAGCUCCCUCUGCCCCCCGAAACAUCAGAGAUGACAGUACUCCGCCCCGCCCCCACCCCCAAGCCCUCAGUGGCACUCAGUCAUGAGGUACAUGGGGUCCAGGAGCCUCUUUGCUGGAGGUCACAGGUGAAUACAAUUCCUCUGUUACCCAGAGCAUGUGGAGGAACGUGAGGCCGGCCCUCGGAGACACCAGGCGGGCGCCAUCGGCCCUGUGGUGCGGCGCGUCCCGCUCACCAGCAUCCGGACUUGUCCCUUCUCACGACCCCCAUCCAUGCUCGGGGAGGAGGGCCGGGAGGGCACUGAGGAGCCCUGGGGCCUGAGGGAGUGAGAAACAGAUUCGGGUCAUGCAUGCAAAGUCAAAUCUUAUCCUUUUAAAAUAGAUAUGAUAGACCUAUACAUGAUAUAAUAUUUGUAUAUAUGAAAUCUCUCUAUAUUUGUUUAAUUUGAGCCAUUCAAUCUAAACCAAUGUACAGGUGUACAAUGAGAAAUUUAAAUGCUUCGUUAUUUUUCCCGACACAGUGUAAAAUAAUCCUUCUCAGACCAUGGGAUUUGCAAACUUUUGAUGCUAACAGCUUUGCUCACUUCCUGGCAAGGGCGCUUCAGUACCCAAUUUGUAAUGGAGCCCGGGGGUUGAAAGUACCGUUAAAUACAUGUACAAAUAGUUGUCAAAAGUAAUCUUAUUAAAAUAGAUUUAUUAUCCCUGA